AUGAAAAUGCAUAUCUGGAUAGCGAAAAUAAUCCUUUUGGUCGUGGCAUCUCUGAAUCUGGUGGAGAUGUAUGACAAUUACGGGGAGAUCUGCAGAAAGCUGUGUACUUGCGAGGAGAAGGAGGGAGUGCUGUCUGUCAGCUGCGAGAACAGAGGGAUUGUCAGACUAACGGAAAUAGCCCCUGUGCAUUUCUCGCCAUACCAUCUACUGUUGACUGGGAAUCUCCUGAAAAAGCUGGCCCUCAAUGACUUCAUCAAUUACACUGGGGUGACCAUUUUACAUUUAGGGAAUAAUGACAUAUCAGAGAUUGAGACCGGAGCUUUCAAUGGACUCCAGGGUCUCAAGAGAUUGCACCUUAACAAUAACAAAAUAGACAUCCUUAGGGAUGACACCUUCACAGGGCUAGAGAGUCUGGAAUACCUUCAGAUUGAUUAUAAUUAUAUUAGUAACAUAGAUCCUACUUCUCUGAGCAGACUUCACCAUCUCACUGUACUGAUUUUGAAUGACAACUUGUUGUCAUUGCUGCCCUCUAACAUUUUCCGAAAUGUACCGUUGACACACCUGGAUCUGAGGGGGAACCGUUUGAAAAUGUUCCCCUACAUGGGCCUGCUGGAACAUAUGGGCAACGUUGUGGAAUUACAACUCGAGGAGAACCCGUGGAAUUGCUCGUGUGAGCUCAUCGCCCUCAAGGCCUGGCUGGAGAGCAUAGCCUACACAGCUCUGGUUGGAGAGGUGAUAUGCGAGACGCCUUUUCGCCUGCACGGCAGGGACCUUGACGAGGUCUCAAAGCAGGAACUGUGUCCUCGUCGACCUGUCUCUGAAUAUGAAAUGCGCCCACCGCCACCCCUAAGCACCAGUGGAUUCUUUCAGACCACUCCUGCAGCUGUGACCACCUCUGCCACCUCUUCGGGGGUGUUUAGGUCCUCAUCGAGGCCCACCAAGGGCACUCGUCCCCCCAACAAAACCCGGACAAAGCCCACCUCCCGCAUCGCCUCCAACCCUUACAACUAUGGGCCCAUCAUCGCCUUUCAGACCAAAGCCCCUGUGCCUUUGGACUGUCCCGUCACCUGCACAUGCAAUCUGCAAAUAUCUGACCUUGGGCUAAAUGUCAACUGCCAGGAAAGAAAAAUUGAGAGCAUAUCAGAUCUUAAGCCCAAGCCAUACAAUCCCAAAAAGUUGUACCUCACAGGGAAUUACAUCCCCGUGGUGCGCAGAUCGGAUUUCGUAGAGGCCACAGGAUUGGAUUUGCUGCACCUGGGAAACAAUCGGAUAGCAGUCAUACACGACAGAGCUUUUGGGGAUUUAACUCAGUUGCGUAGGCUGUACUUGAAUGGCAACUUAAUCGACCGUCUCACAGCAGACAUGUUUUUCGGGCUGCAGAGUUUGCAGUAUCUGUACUUAGAGUACAACAAAAUCAAAGAGAUUGUUGGGGGCAGCUUCAGGUUUCUGCCAAACCUCCAGCUGCUAUUUCUCAACAACAACCUUCUGAAGACCUUGCCAGGGGGCGUCUUUUCCAGUCUGUCCUUGUCACGGCUCAAUUUGCGCAGCAACCACUUUCAGAACUUGCCUGUGAGUGGUGUGCUGGAUCAGCUCAAGUCCCUGGUGCAGAUCGACCUCUUUGAGAACCCGUGGGAGUGCUCCUGCGAAGCCGUGGGGAUGAAGAUCUGGCUGGAGCAGCUCAACAUGGGCACGGUUGUCAAUGAUGUCGUCUGCGAGAGCCCCAAACGACUGACGGGGCAGGACUUAAGGCAUGUGCUGGCCGACCAACUUUGUCUCGAUUACUCGGAUAAUAUCGUCGUGUCCACUGUGAGCUCCCCGUCGGAGGAGCCCUUGGUCAGUGUGACCACCAUGGAGACCUCCCAGUCCUACCACCCACCCUCCAGCACCGUCCCCCUGUCGGUGCUCAUCCUCAGCCUGCUACUCGUCUUCAUUAUGUCUGUUUUCGUGGCGGCCGGGCUGUUCGUGGUGGUGAUGAAGCGGCGCAAAAAGUCCCAGAGCGACCGCACCAGCACCAACAACUCGGACGUCAGCUCCUUUAACCUCCAGUACAGCCUGUACAGCAACCGCACCGUCCCCAAGGGCAAGGCCCCUGCCGGGCACGUGUACGAGUAUAUCCCCCAACCCCUGGGCCACAUGUGCAAGAACCCCAUCUACAGGUCAAGGGAGGGCAACGCGGUGGAGGAUUACCGUGACUUUCAUGAGCUCAAGGGGACGUACCGGAGCACGGCGGACGAUGAGCGGGAGUGUAGCAGCAUGAUGCGCAGCCCUAGCUACAGCGUGAGUACCAUCGAGCCUCGCGAUAAUAACCCCUCUCCCGUGCAGGACGCUGAGCACUUUUUCAGUGGAAUACUCGAGCCGGGCAAAUCGCCAGCGAUGACCCCGGGCAGCACCUACGAGUACAAGUACACUGGACCUGCCCCCUACACGACGUACAACGCAAACUUUGACGUUAGACGUCAAUACUUGCACCCCGACAGAAUACGAGAAACUAUGCUGUACGGAACCACACCUAGUACUGUUUAUGUGGAGCCCAACAGAAACGAGUAUUUGGAACUAAAGGCUAAACUCCAAGUUGAGCCAGACUACCUCGAAGUUCUUGAGAAACAAACAACAUUCAGCCAGUUUUGA